GACCGGCGUACACGUGCUCCAAUGGAGCACGCAUGUGCCGCGACUCCCAUGACUGGUAGAAAGCUGCGUGCUAAUUCCAGACGGAGCUUUCGCGCGUCACAUCGAUGUUUCCUCCUCGCAUGUGUCGACGCGGCGGCGGCGGAGGCGGCAGUGACGGCUCGGCUACAUCAGCGGCGUUUUACUACUACGGUAGUGGAAGUAAGUAGCAGAACGUAACGUGGAUGGAUAACGGUGUCUUCCUCCGGAGAAAGGAGAUGUUCGCGGCGUGCACGUGAAGUCCAGCGAGCCAGUGUCGCGGAAACUGCGAGAGAAGACGCAAGCCUGCUCGACGGCACCUGGUCCGCUCCUUAGGCGUUCCUGAGGAAGAGUCGAGAACUCGCUGAAAGCUGCGUUUCCCUGAGGCCCUGCUCGCCGGAGGCGUCCCGUUUCGUCGCGCGUCCACUCAGCUUUGCAGUCGACCUUGGGAUUGAUCAUGGACAGAACACGACUGGCAUAUGUCACCGCUGCUGCAGUUGGCGCCGGCACGGCGGUUUUCUUCAUCUGGUGGUGGUGGACCAGAAGACAAAAGCAUCAGCCACCGUCGAAGUGGCGUAAGGUCGGGGAACUGAGCGACUUGUGCGUCUUCCCGGUCAAAUCGCUCGGUGCAGUCCGUCUCACGUCAAUGGAAUGCACGCUGUUAGGCCUAAAGUCCGGUUGGAUGAGAGAUCGCACACUGAUGGUGAUCGAUCUUGACGGACGAUUUAUCACCGCCAGACAACUGCCGAAAAUGGUCCAGGUGUCACCUAAUAUCUCCGGUUCUAUACUAACACUCCGCGCACCAGGGAUGAUGUCGGUGUCGGUGGACCUUGCUCAGCUGCGUGGCAAGGGCUUCCGUGCUGCUGUAUGGGGCCAAGCAGUGCCGGCAUGCGAUUGCGGCGAAGAACCUGCUCGAUGGUUGUCACGCUUCCUUCUUCAGGAGGACGUCGGUCUUAGGCUGGUCUAUUAUACGCUAAACUGGUCGUCGAGGGACGUGAGACAGAUAAACAAGGGUUUCCCUUUGACCGAGGCGAUUGAUACCGGAGCCUAUUCGGACGCGACGAGUUAUACCCUGAUCACCGAGGCCUCGAUAACGGAUCUUAAUAGUCGACUGGAAGAACCAGUCACGCCGCAGCAAUUUCGCAUGAAUUUCGUGGUCAAGGGUGCCACCGCUUACGAGGAAGAUAAAUGGGACUGGGUGAAGAUCGGGGACGUGAUAUUCAGAAAUGUCAAGCCGUGCACGAGGUGCAUCUUCACCACGGUGGAUCCGGAAACCGGCACGAAGAAUUCUAAGGUGGAGCCUUUAAAGACCUUGAAGAGUUACAGGCAGAUAACUGACCCCGAGCUGCGACCUCAUGUUGGCAAUAGUCCGAUUAUGGGUAUUCACCUUGGACUCAGAGGACCCAGCAGAACAGUCCGUUUGGGCGACCCCAUUUACGUGGGUAUACCGGAGAAGGAGGAGGAGGAAACUCCGCCUUUGACUUCGCCGUCAUAGCUGUGGCGUUGGGACUCUUGCGAACAUUUGGAACACGAACGAGGCACCGUUCCGACACACGUAGACGAGGGAAACGAAGAAGCGAAAUCCAAGAUCGACGAUCGCGAUGACAUAAGCGUGCAAUGUUCGUAAAAAUGGUCACAGCUACACUACACGUACAGUUGUAUGGAAAAUGUUAAUGAAUCCCGACACAUUUGACGGAUCAGGCUGGUCAGAGCUAUAAGGUACUAUGGUAAUCGCUGAUGUGUCCUCUGCGACAAGCUUCGCACUGUGGACAAGCAACGAUGUGGGAUUUAAUUAAGUCCACGCGCAAUCUGGGUCUACGAUGUUUCUAUUGUUACGGAAUUGCGUUGGUAGGAAUUGCGUCUUAGAAAUUCGGGAAUAUAUUUUGUUAAACUGUUAGGGUAUAUAAGUGUGUAUCUUGGUAUCUUCAUUCUACGUGUGCAAAUGCGCAGGUGAUGCGUGAGUGAUGCGUGUGUAAAUAAUGUUUACAUGAAACGAUCACGUGAAACGAUUGACUUAGAAUAGAGGGGAACAAAUCUCGAUUCAUUUUGAGAUACGAGACUGGUAGAACUUCGCUAAACGAGAGAAACGACCACAUUUUCAAGCUGUUUCCGCGUAGAUGGACGAAUAUGUUCGAUCUGAAAAAUAUAUCAGGCAAAUGUGUUCGAUAUAACGAACCCGAUAAACAUCAGGUAACAAUAAUAUUUCCUCAACGUUAUAAUCUCCCUUGUGCUCAACAAUGUGAGUGCAACGCAACAGAGAUUGUACGUAGGAAUUGCUUUACUAAGCGAGAAAUCAUAACAACGACGUAACGUUACGUCACUUUGUAAUAACGUAGUAUAUACUGUUAUCCGAUGUUUCCUGGGAGGUGGCUCAUAUUUUAAUACUUCGUCGAAUGUCAAUAAUGUAUACGGCCUCAAAACAAAUGGUAAAGAUAAUGAUUUUGUAAUAACGCGCGUGUAUCGCACAAUAGGGUUUUGCAGAACCAGCGGCAGCCAGCCAGAUAGCACAAUAUAUCCUGGGAUCAUCUUGGACGUCCUCAGGAAGUCUCGGGACAGUUUCCAGGAAUUUUAGAUACGUUCAGGAUCAUUGUGGGAUGUUUAGUGGUAUUUGGACAAUGAUAAUCAAUAAUACUGUCUCGUUACUUGAUUUUAUCAACCUAUACGCGAUUAUUUACGGUUGUAAAACCUUCCUGCAGAUGUCCGCACUCGCGAGCUGUACCGAAAUUUCAACGUCACAGAGCUCAAAGCUGAAGUCAGAGCUACAUCGGAAACUACCGGUUGUGCAAAAUGUCAGCCGGCAGAUGGGCAGCGCGUUUGAUCAGAAUGACACAGCGGAUAGUCAUCUUAGCCAUCUGUGUUCGCAUCGAGACUCCUGAUUCCUCACUGCGACCAUUCUGAUUUAUGACAUCAGAAGCGAGGAGAAACUCUUUACAAAGAUUCUUGCAACAUACGUUGAAAUAAAAGGAUAACGCAAAAUGACGAUUACAAUCAAUCGAACAAAUUUGCAAACACUUUCCUUUUGCUUAAACACCAACAAUAAUUAAGCGGAAAAUUACCGUGAGAAAAUUGUGAGAAAAGAGGUUAAAAAAGGCAGGUUGCAUGUCACGUUGAUUUUAUGUUUAUUUAUUGGUUGUUCGAACGAAAAAGAAAGUGCGCUUGGACUGUUUUACAGAUCUGCUCGAUUGAUCGCAAGCGUCAUUUUAUGGAUAUAUCUCAUUUCAGCGUAUUCUUCAUGAAUUCUUAGCGUGUAUCUUCUCGUCUCCGCCAUUGUCAACCAAGUGGUGGAGGAUUACGAGCUUCAAGCCUUAUCUACAAUAUGUGUUCUCUGCUUUCUGUUUUUCUUCUUUCAAAGGAUAAAGCAUAAGAAACAGGAAGCAGGGAGCACAUUGUAGGUCGGGUUUUAAACUCAUAUUCUGUCGACGGAGUCCGCUGACAUAACCUUGACAGCAGAUCGGCGGCAGAAAUUGAACGGGAUCUGCGGUGUAAUCCAUUUAAAUGUGAUCAAACGGUUACGGUGAACGACAAAUCCCGUUCGGCUUCUGUAGGCGAUCAACCAUAUCGUGUUCUGUAAGCAGAUCCUGCUAGAUUUCCGUUAGCGAGCUGACCGCAAAAUUUUCCACCACGCGAAAUCUGUUCGCACAAGUUCAGCUAGCCGUGGCUGAGUGUGAAUCUGUCACCUUGCUUGAUAUCCGGACCAUCGAAUAUUUUUCUAAUUAUAUUUUUGUACCGUAGUGCGGCAAAUUCGAAUAAAUUAUGAGCGUUUCGUCUCACGAAUGCAAGUAA